AUGUUUGGAGUCGACAAAGGUGUUGUCUUCGUAUUUGCUAUGAGAACUACAUAUGAUGGAAAUCGUUCUAAUGGGUUUGCAUUAAUAUAUAACAAUGCUGAAUUUGCUAAACAAUACGAGCCUCGACACAGGCUUAGAAAACAUGGUAUUAAACCACCCAUACUACCUCCUAAAAAACACUGCAAGAAACCAAUCAAAUAUAGAAAAAAUGCAAAGUGCGCUUAA